GUACGAGGUUAGAAAACAACAAACAUGGCUGACAGCAGCGGAGCAAGUGAUGGCGGUUCCUGGUGGGGUGGAUGGCUACAGGCUGCUAAAGAAAAGACAAACUCGGCCAUGGACUUUGUCAAGAAGGAUCUGGCAGAAUUCACAUCUACAAUGCAACAUGACACAACUGCUGCUGUCAAGGUCACCAGCACCACGAUUCAAGAUACUCUCAAGGCUGAGAACACUGAGGCAGCCAAGGAUAAGAUGAAGCAGAGCAUCACUGGUUUCUUCGAAGGAGUGUCUAGCGCACUGAAGAUUCCUGCUGAAGACAAGGAAGAGACGGUCAAGCCAAGAGAUCGGGGCACGGCUGGCAUGUUGUAUGACCGCUCAAAGGUGCGGCUGCAUGCUGUCCAGGUCGAUCCCGGCACAUACCUGAAUGAACCCAGUGGCCCCCCUAAGGAGUUCCAGCAGUGGCUGGAGAAGUUUAAUCUAGAGGAGCAGAAAGGAGCCAUCUCGGAGCUUCUAGUUGUGAAGGUGGAAGUUCGGGCUCUCUACACCAAACUGGUGCCCUCUGAGCUGUCCCACUCGGAGUUCUGGCAGCGGUACUUCUACAAGGUGUUCCAGCUCCAGCAGGACGAGGCUCGCAAACAGGCGCUGAUGAAACGAGCCGAGACCCCCACGGAGGAUGACAGCCUAGGAUGGGAAGAUGACUGGAGCGGAGAUGAAUGUGACGAGUUUGAGACGGUGACUGCUGGAGAACUGAAGGACAUUCGAGGAGAGGAUACUGUACACUCACGUCUUGAACCAGAAGUAGAGGUCAAGGACAUUUCCAGUACGGAGACUGUGGAAUCCAGACUCAAGGCACCUGAUGCUGAGAGUCCGUCAGUGAAGAGUAAGUCCGAUCUAGCUGCUGAACACAGAACACCUGACAAGAGGACAGAUGAGAGUGUUUCUUUACAAGAUGUGAACGACCAAAAAAAACCUGAGACUGAAGCAGAACAAGACAGUGGUACGUCACCAGCAGAAGUCACCAGUCUACAAAAACAAGAAACUAAAAAGAACAAGGUUUCGGAAAAACUUUCCACUGACAUUGAAACAAAGGACUUGCCAAUUGUUCAAACUGUAGCCACUGACCAACAUAAUGUUUCCGCUGUGACCUCUGACCAACAGAAUGUUUCUUCUUUGGCGACUGACCAUCUUGGAAUCUCAGCACUUUCAUCCAAGUCUCCACAACCAUCAGCAGACCUUCCACAGACCACGACACAGGCUGAUGUUGUGAAAGAACAGACGACUGAAAAGCCUUCAGUACAAGACAAGUCUGAGCCUACUGAGACACAAUCAUCUCCUUGUGUUGAACUUCCAUCCUCCCCUACCAAAGAGGCAGGGAAGGGAGACAACUCAGUUGUUAAAGGAGGUGAUGGUGAAGAUCUGAAGACAAAGGUGAAAGGAGACUUGGUAGUUGUGGGAUCCGACCGGGAAUCACCAACAUCAGAUUCCAGUGGGAAUAAAGACUACCUGCGAUUGGUUCCAGAACCAAGUGUGGAUGAUGAUUGGGAGCAGGACUUUGAUGUGGAGUUGACAGAGGAAGACUUGAAGACUGCCGAAGCCAUUGCCAAGAAAAUAGGCACCAGUGAAGAUGUUGGGGAUGACGACUGGGAAAGCUGGGAGUAGACCUGCCGUCAGCUGGUGUGAUGUGGACAGUGUUCAUUCUAGUUGCCAAAAACACAGGCCUAACUGUGACAAAAGAGUAGGAUCAUGUUAAAAAACAAGCCAAAGAAACAAAGACAACUACUUUCCAUUGAACAUGCUGUCAGUCUGAGGUGAUGCUAGCCCAACAACAGCAGCAGAUGCAUCUUUUUCAAUAAUUUGUUUAUUAUUUGACAUGCCUGUAAUAAUGGUUAUGAUUGGAUAAUUCUUCUCAUAAUUGAGAUAAAUGCAGCAAUGCCACAAUGCCAUGCUCUAGAAUGAACACUGAUGUAUAUAGUGAGCCAUCUGCGUCUGAAGCUUCCCUUCAGCUGAGACAGGUGCUUGUAUAUAGUGAGCCAUCUGCUUCUGAAGCUUCCUGUGAUACAAGCUGAUACAGAUGGUACAGCAAUGGUACAAACAGCAAAAUGGGAACUUGACUAUCACCUUUCUGUAUCACCACACACUGCAGUGUUGAAUAUUGUGGGAGGAAUGCACCAUCGAUCAUCAGCUGAUGCAAAAGUGUUCUAUCUACGAGGGGCACAACAUUGUUCAUAUUUUCAAAGCGAUAAGUUGUUACAUCUAACUCAGCUUUACGAGAUGCACUAUUGAAAGCCUAAAGCUAAAGUGACAGAAUCAAUCAGUUGUCAGUCAAUGAAUGUUCACAUCUGAGACACACGUUCCCUCUCCUGAAGAAGGUACAGUGAAACCAUUGAGACAUCAAUGAGAACAGUGACAUCAAUCUCAACGAAAGUCCUUUUUUGCAAAUGAUUUUCUGAUUCUGUCAACCAGCUAAUUAGGAAAAGAGAUGAGACAAGGUUCUUCUACUAUUACUGCUCGCAUGGCAACAUGUUUAACGUUUGGAAGAUGAAAAAAAGAAAUAUUAAUUAAUUUUUUUCCCACUUAACGAUUAGGAUUUUCAAAUAAGAACCUGUAAUCCUAAAAGAGGAAAUAGUCUUGCCCAAUGAUAAUAUUCAUGAUAUACAUCAUUCUUUACAAACAUAUUUUGUUUGCAAAUUGUCUACAAACUGAUAGUGUUGACUUUAUACAAUGUAGUCCAUUAUGUUGUUCAAUCCGGUACUGGUGUUGAGGGGUCCAGGGUAUUUAUUCUUACAUAAUGGAGAUAAAAUACCCUGGAUUACCAAGGAUGAUCUGUAUUUGGGUAUAUCAUAUCAUCCCUACCUAUAUCUCUUUUAUAGCAACUGCAGGCUAUAUGUAUGCAGACAUUCACAUAGACUAACAUUUAGUCUCUGAAAUCUUAUAUAACACAAUAUCCUUCUUGACUCUAAAAAUAAAAAAAAUUCCCUAUGCUGUGGAAUAGAGCUAGCUUGAGCUGGCUAGACUUGCUUUUGUAUGCAUUUCUAGAUUAUUAUUUUUUCAUAAAAUAAAUAUAUUCCACGGUCAUGGUGCAGGACUAACAUUCACACUACUGAGGGUAUAUGUAAACAAUGGGAAACUUACGUUUAAGGGUUUGAUUUCAAUCAUUUCUUGUCUCACCUCCAGAUUGUUUACAGAUGUUUGACGACUUCAUUAAGUAACUCAUUUGUAUGAGGAAUACUUGACCUACAGGGGGAUAAUCAUUUGUGCUUUCAUAAACUAUUUUUAUGGAUGAAAUUUCAUUUGUAUGUUUAAGCAAGCUAUGGUGUUGGAGUCCUUAGAAAUAGUUCUGAAUUUUAGAUAUGUGGUUUAUGAUGAUUUUCUUUUGUCUUUGUGAUUGUGUACAUAAGUAUACGGAUUAUUUGUUGGUCAAUGUUUGGCAAAAUAUUUCCUUAUGUUAAGCUCUUUAUCUGUACAGAUAAUUCACAAUUUCAAUUUCAUCUGUGAUAUGGGUCUAGCUAGUUAAG